GUUUAUAUCUUGAAGCAGCACUCAUGGCACACGAUUGUAUGGGAAACACCCAUUUAUCAGUUGACGAUGAUUUUGUUUUGAGGGUGAAGGCAAGUGUAGACAUUCCAAAAAAUUCUCCAGUUCUUUUCAACUAUGCGAAUGCCUUACAAGGUAGCCUGGAUAGAAAGCAACAUUUACGAGAAGGAAAAUAUUUCGAAUGCUCUUGUAACAGAUGCAAUGAUCCUACCGAACUCAACACUGAACUCAGUUCUUUGAAAUGUCAUGCUUGCAGAAAAGGGCUUAUUAGAAUGAUGGAAACUACAAAUCUAGAGUCAGAUUGGCAAUGUUCAGUGUGUGGAAAGACAUUCAAACAUUAUUUGAUAGCCAGAACUGUGGAAGAAGGACGAAUGAGAAUAAAAUGCUACCAAACUGACAUAACUGGUAUGGAACACCUUCUGAAUAAAUUACUUCAAACUUUCCAUGAAAACCAUUUUCUGAUUCUGGAAUUGGAACAAAAUAUGAUAGGAGUAUACACCCAGCUAGCUCCAAAACCGGAAAAUCUCAGUAGAAAAAUUGAGCUUUGCCAGCGCCUUUUUGAUGUUUCUUCGAUUAUUGAACCGGGGAUCUCAAGAACAAAAGCUAUUUCAUUAUACCAACUCCAAUCAGCUAUGGUGGAUCUAGCUCAUAAACAAUAUCAAAACAGAUCCAUCGACAUACAUGCCCUUGUAGCUAUGCUCGAUGAGUCCGAAACCAAUCUGAAGGAAGCAAUCAAAUAUUUCCUUUACGAGCCAUUGAAAAGUCCUGAAGGCAGGCUUGCCCAAAUUGCUUUAUCAGAAAUGAAAAUGUUGCGUAUAUCUCUAGGAAAUAUUAAGAAGGACCUUUUGAGUGGAGUACUGGUUGACAAACAAGGAUCAACUAUCAGAAGAAAUAAUGGAUCGAUACAAAAUGCUGUUGAAAGGGAAAAAGUCGUGGGUUUUGAUACUAUUGACGAUGUGGAAUGUACUAAAUUAGACUCGCUCAGUUUGAAGAAAUCUACAAAAAAUCAAAGAAGUAGAAGAAAUAGAAAGAAAUUUUUAUGAAUAUGAUGUACUGAAAUGUGAAUAGUGGUAGUUGAAUUCAACUAAUAGAAUAAUGGUGUCUAUUGUUUCCAUUGGAAAAAUAGAAUUUUAUACGAAUACAUCCA